ACAAGGGUGAAAAUUCGAUGAACAGAGAGAGUGAAAAAAAAAUAAGAAGAGGAAAAGGUAUCUGUCAACAAAAUUUUUUCUUUCUCUUGUUAGUAGUACAUAUAUGCAAUUUUAACCAUGAAGAUGGCUGACACCACACCAAUUAUCCGCAGAAAUCGUCCUGGAACCAAGGCAAAGGACUGGUGCCAUUGGCCAGAUGAACUGUUUGAGGAAAUGGACAGCACAUUGGCUGUACAACAGUAUAUACAGCAGCUGAUCAAAAAUGAUCCAUCAAAUAUCGAAGUAAUAUUAACGAUGCCGGAGUCACAAGAUGAAGGCGUCUGGAAAUAUGAGCACUUAAGGCAAUUUUGCAUGGAGCUAAAUGGAUUGGCGGUACGAUUGCAAGCCCACUGUGUUCCUAGUACAUGUACACAAAUGACUGCCACCGAACAAUGGAUAUUUUUGUGUGCCGCCCAUAAAACACCAAAAGAAUGUCCUGCUAUCGAUUACACACGCCAUACACUGGAUGGUGCAGCCUGUCUAUUGAAUAGUUGCAAAUACUUUCCAAGCAGAAUUUCCAUCAAAGAGGCAUCUGUAGGUAAACUAGGUUCGGUGUGUCGUCGAGUUUAUCGCAUAUUUUCCCAUGCGUACUUUCAUCAUCGCCGUGUUUUCGACGAUUUCGAAAGCGAAACGUAUUUGUGCCAUCGUUUUACACAUUUCGUCACUAAAUAUACGUUAAUGUCAAAGGAAAAUCUCAUCGUACCAAUCGAAGGUGAAACUGAUGUUGGCACCGUUGCCGGUGAAAGUGAAGCAUAAAUAUUACAAGAAGAAGAGGAAAAAAAACAACAACAACAUCAACAACAAUUCCGCAUUCAGCUAUAAAAAUUUCAAAUACGAUGAUUGUAUAAUUUAUUUAAACUCAAUCUUAAUAUUUACUGAAUUAUCGAACAGUAAUGAUGAAAAGAAAACACUCAAUAUGACACAUAUAUAAGAAAAAAAAAUUUAAACGUAAAGAAAAACCAAUAUGAAACAUUCUUAAAACAAUAGAUUGUAGGUGUGUGAGAUUCCUUUGCAUUUUAUUAUGUUCAUUCAAAAACAAAAUCAUUUAAAAUUAAUUUUUUUCCUUCGUUUAUUUCAUUAGCCGAGAGAAAAAAAAAUACAUAAUAGAAACCAUAACACUAACUCUGUACAAUCAUUUAUUCAGUGAUUUGUUUUUUAACCGUUUAACGGCAUAUCGUCAUGUUGUGGACGACAGGAUCAAUCUUACUCUCAUUGACCAAACCUUUCAAAUAGAAAUAGCACAGGAACUAUGUUUAAGGACAUUAGAAUGCAAAUAAAUCUUAAUUAAUGAACAACAA